AUGAAACUCGAUGAUGAUAUGUGCAUCCGUGUUCGAAAAAAAAUAUUGCAAGAGUUGAGGCGACCAUAUCCUCAUAUUCCCGAUUACGAUGUUGUGGUGUUGGCUGAUCAUAUCAACAACUUGAUCCCGGUGCUUAUUAAUGAAGAAAGUGAUUGCAGAGUCGUGUCAAUACGGGGCAUGGGUGGUCUGGGAAAGACCACUCUUGCAAAGAGAAAAUAUCACAAUAGUCGAGUUAUUCACCGUUUCGAUCGCUUGGCUUUUGCUUUUGUCUCUCAGCAAUGUCAGAAGAGAAAAGUUUGGGAAGACGUUCUUUCUGAUCUUAAGAUUUUAGAUGAGGCCGACAGGAAAAUAAAGGAUGAAGCUUUAGCAAAGAAGUUGUAUGACUUCUUGAUGAACAACAAAUGCCUAGUGAUUAUUGAUGAUAUAUGGAGCACAGAGGCAUGGGAUCUUCUUAAACCUGCUUUUCCAGUCCUAAGGGACACUAAAAGCAAGUUCUUGCUCACCUCUCGACACAAUAAAGUGGUUUCGCAUGCAGACAGAAGCAGUCACCUGUAUGAAUUGCAGUGCUUGAAGGAGAAAGAAAGUUGGGAAUUAUUCCAUAAGAUAGCAUUUCCUCCAACAGGUAAUUUAUAG